UGCAAGCAGGCUAGCCCAAGGAUGAAUCAGGGAUGAGACACAGGACUAACUCCUUGACACACUCACAGAGAGACUGCACUUGCUUUUUCAUGCACACUCACCCUUUUUGCUCAUGAGGAAGCUGCUGUGAUUUCAAGGUGGAGGAAUGGGGCAAGAUUUUAAGACUGUCGCCUAUUCUGUUUGACUUGGGGGGGGUCAGUGGGAGUUUUUCUUUUUCUUUAUUGUGCUUGAGAGGACAGAGGGGAUAACAGCCUGCUAGCAGGCCACCUGCUAUUUGAAGAUGAAGAAGUUUUUGCAGAACAAAAAAGGCAGAUACUCUUUUCGGCAGAGCAAACGGGGCCCACGGUGUCCAUCUAAAGAUUUCUUCCUCAGCAUGCCGACAUCCAACCAGGGCUGGCCAGAGGAUUUUGGCUUCCAGCUGGGUGGGAAUGGACCAAGUUACAUAUUGUCUGUGGAGGAAGGCAGCAGCGCUCACCUGGCAGGGUUACAGGCGGGGGACCAGGUCCUGGAGAUCGAGGGCCACAAUGUGUCGACACUGGCUCCACAAGCUGUCAUUGCCAUCGCCCAGACUCAGAAAAACAUCCCUCCCAGCAUUGGAGUGGUGUCCCGCGUACAGCAGAUGGAUAUCAUCCCAGGUCCAGAUGGUCGUUUUGGGUUCACUAUUGUAGGAGACUGCCCUCUGCUGGUUGAGGAUUGCUCACCAUGCUCUCCAGCCGGACGUGCAGGUCUGAGGGCCGGGGAUUAUGUAAUGGAAGUGAAUGGUAUCCCGGUCAGGCAUCAUGAGAUGGCCGCAUCCUUGAUCAAAGCCUCCCAGGGGAGGACGCUCCGCCUGGGGGUGCUAGGUCUCGGUCUGAGGCAGAAACGCAACAUCAGCACAGUGGACAAUCAGAUGGGAGGAGAUGGGGUGAGACUGGAUCGCAAGCACAAGGCUCUGGAGUUUAACAGCAAGGUGGACCAAAUCUUAGGUGAUGAGCCCGAAGUCAAAGAGAAACUCUUUGCUGUGCUGAAGCAGUACGCUGCAGAAAAGAGGGUAGAGUGGUUGGCGUCCGUGCUGCCUGAGAUACUCACCACCCAAGAACAUCGACAGCUCAUCUCCAGCAUCAGAAUCUUCGUCCCUAAGAAGCAUCGGCAGCGCUUUGACGAAGCUGUCUCCCAGAAUGUGAUCAACCGGCUCUGCCGCAGCAAGAGCAUCAGCGAGCCGCAGGGGAGAAUCCGGCGCAGUCGGAGCGAGGACCACUCUGAACGCCGCCAUGGAUCCAAACGGGCAAGCUCUGUGCCAAGGGAUGGAGGAGAACCAGGUGGGAAAGGUGAGGCUGAGAAAGACAGGGGGUUGAGGAAGUCUGUCUCUGGGAUACCUGCACAACCCCCCAUCGGACCAAAUCAGAGGGCCAUUCGGGUCUACCGGGGGAAGAAGAGCUUUGGCUUCACACUCCGAGGUCAUGCCCCCGUCUGCAUCGACUCCAUCAUCCCAGACAGUCCUGCUGAAGAGUGUGGCCUGAAACCAGGCGACCGCAUCCUUUUCCUCAAUGGGCUGGACAUGAGGAACUGUUCCCAUGAGAAGGUGGUGUCAAUGCUGCAGGGUAGUGGAGCCAUGCCCACUCUGGUGGUGGAGGAUGGCCCAUCAGAUUUGUCCUCAGACCAAACCGACCCAGAGGAAACCCCAAAUCUGGCCCCCACCACUUUACCGCGCUCUAGAUCUCCAGCCCUUAGUUCUCUACAGUGGGUGGCAGAGAUUCUUCCCCCGAGCAUCAAAGUCCAUGGACGGACCUUCAGCCAGCAGCUGGAGCACUUGCUCACCAUUCAGGAGAGAUACACUGUCUGCAAGGCCUUGGAGACUUUCUUCCAGCACAGAAACGUGGACACCCUGAUAGUCGAUGUGUUUCCGGUGCUGGACACUCCAGCCAAACAACUGAUCUGGCAGUUCAUCUACCAGCUUCUGACCUACGAUGAACAGGAGCGCUGCCAGAGCAAGCUGUCACGCUUCCUGGGGUUUAAGAGCAGUGCGGUGUUAGAUCCAGAAGGAGGCACCGAGCACCACCGGCGGAGCAGCUCGGUGCGAGUGACGGGGUCGUCUUACCGCAGCAGCGUCCGAGAGAGGAGCUCUGACGACUGCAUCAUUGGGACUCACUUGGGAAUGGGAAUUCAUAUUGAUGAAUGUGGGAGCCCGGAAGAGAGGCAGUCAGGAGAUGGAACCUCCUUUCCUGAGUCCCCUGACCUCAGUCAUAUGACAGGUGUGUACACGGAACUGGAGAACAUGUACGCAGGGAAGAGCGUGUCUCCACUGCGGAGUGGCUCCCCUGCAGAGCCAGAGGUGCCGGGACAGACUGAGGCCUACGGCCGCUCUCUCUCCCCCCUCACACUGCCCCCUCUCACAGGGAAUCGCAAAUCCGGUCUGUCCUUGUCCUGGAAGGAGCCCCUACCCACUCCCGUGUAUGAGAUCCAUCACCAGAGCAGCGUGGACUCCAACCCCUAUGUCAGCUUGGAGAGCCCCCCCACCUCCCCUCCACACCUGGACAGUGGUCCCAACACUUUAACCCGCCGCAGGAAGCUGUUCACCUUCUCCCGUCCCCCUCGCAGCCGGGACACAGAUAAGUUCCUUAACGCCCUGAGUGAGCAGCUGGGUCACCGGGUCACGCUGGUAGAUGACUUUGUACCUGGGGAGAACGACUAUGAAGAGAUAAAUCACGGUGGUUGUCAUGGUUUCAGAAGAAGAGGUGCACCUAUGAGUUUCCCAGAGGAGCAGGACCUGGGUUUUCCCCCCCGGCGGCUCAGCAGCGGCAGCAGCGAAGAUCACAGUAGCAGUGACGAAGCCUCCUCCCCCACCUACUCCUCUGAAUCUGAACCAAUCCCACCACCUCCCGAACAGAGUCCCCCACCUCCCCCACCCUUCCAGGCUCUGAUACCCCCUCCUGUCCAGUUCACUGACCCUCUCCCGCCUGUGCGCUUCUCACCUGAGCAUGUACCACGCAGCCGGAUGCCCUUUCAGCCACACCAUCCCAUCAUCCCUCCUCCCCCACCUCCUCCAAGGACCCUCCUGAUGAGCCGCUCCCCUCUUCACAAAGCGCUACCCGCCAGAAACGAAGGCGAAAGAACUCAGCGGCGCUUCCAGCCCACCUCCACCAGGCGCUUGCUUGGCCACGCCACCCUGGGCCCCUCGACUCUGCGCUCCUCCCAAGCAUCACGCCCCAGCUACCUCCCCCGCCAGCUCAGUCAACCCCAGCCCAUCCACCAGCCCUCCCUUCAGCCGCUGAGGCAGAGCCAGCUUGUCCUCCAGAGGCACCACCAGCUCCACCACCAACACAGCUACCAGGGCCCGCUGCCAUCAUCACUCCAGGAGCACAGCCCGUCCCAGUGUCAGAGCCAAGGCCACACGGGCUCCUCAAUGCUAUCCCAGCCUCCGGCUUCUCACUCCUCCCUUCCGAUUCACAGCAAGACCUUUGAAACCCCAGACCAGGAGCAGGAGACCCAGCAGGCUCCGCCACCACCACCUCCACCACUGCCACCACCGUGCGACCCACCUCCACUGCCCAAACCAGGUCAGCAUGCCCCAGAUGCCAACCACAUGAGUGUGAAAAGGCUGCGCUGGGAGCAAGUGGAGAACUCUGAGGGAACAAUCUGGGGUCAGCUGGGAGAAGAUUCAGACUAUGAUAAGCUCAGUGACAUGGUGAAAUACUUAGACCUUGACCUGCACUUUGGGACUCAACGCAAAUCCAUUUCUCCUCCAGAGCCAGCCUUCACGCCAGAGAACUUUAAAAAAAAAGACGUGGUGGAGAUUCUGUCCCAUAAGAAAGCAUACAAUGCCUCCAUUCUCAUCGCACAUCUGAAGCUGUCCCCCACCGAACUGCGUCAGGUUCUGAUGAAGAUGACCACCGAUAGGCUGGAGCCGGCACACAUAAAGCAGCUGCUACUCUACGCCCCCAAUGAUGAUGAGGUCAAGCAGUACGAACAUUUUGAACAAGACCCGGCUAAACUGAGCGAGCCCGACCAGUUUAUCUUUCAGAUGCUAAUGGUACCUGAGUAUAAGACUCGCCUUCGGAGCCUCCACUUCAAGACGACCCUACAAGAGAGGACUGAGGAGAUGAAGGUGGCAUUUGACUACAUCUAUAAGGCCUCAGUUGAGCUAAAGAGCAGCAAAAAACUGGCAAAAAUCCUAGAGUUUGUCCUUGCAAUGGGAAAUUAUCUGAACAACGGGCAGCCUAAAAGCCACAGGACAACCAGUUUUAAGAUAAAUUUCCUCACAGAGCUAGGCACAACCAAAACAGUGGAUGGAAAAUCCACCUUUCUACACAUUCUUGCUAAGUCCUUGUACCAACACUUUCCUGAGCUGCUAAACUUCCCCAGAGACCUUACAACAGUGCCUCUGGCUGCUAAAGUCAACCAGAGGGCCAUCACAUCAGAGCUGAGUGACAUGCAUUCCACCAUACAGGACAUCAGGACAGCCUGUCAGAAGAUCCCAGCAACCACCGAGGACCACUUCACUUCAAUCAUGAGCAAUUUUCUGGAAAACAGUCACCCUUCGAUCCAAUCACUGGAGUCUCUGCAAGCCAGAGCAAUGGAGGAGUUCUCCAAGGUAGCUUCCUACUUUGGAGAGGACAGCAAGUCCACAAACACGGAGGCUUUCUUUGGCAUCUUUGCAGAGUUCAUGUCAAAGUUUGAGAAGGCUCUUACUGAAACUCAGACUCCAGAAAACCCCAGAAGCCCCAGACUGUCUUCCCCUCUGGCGUGGUAGAAGCAAGAAAUGCAAGUGGAUAUUGGGCCAAAUGGAUAAUUUUUCCCUCUGCUCUCCACAACCAAAGUGCCAAGAUCCCACACUGAGACACACAAACCAGGAGGUCAUCAAUAGAAAACAUGAUGGAAACUGAAACUAGUUAAACACAACACUGGUGCCCCGUGUGAAGCGGUGCCAUUACCCCACUGCCAGGGGGGACCUGGCGUCCAUUCUCCACACACAAAUAUCAUGAAACACCUGUUUUGAAUCAUGAGGCCAUCAAGGUACAGCUAAUUAAACCCUUCAUCUUAAUGAUGCUUUAACUAAUUCUUCAAACAGCAAGAACAAGCAGCGUAGAUGCUUGCAGAUUAAAUGCUAUGUGUAUUACGUGACUACAUAAAGUUUAUAUCCAAACAAAACACUAGUGUAAUCUGUUGAUGCAUUCACUGCCUGGGAAAAAAAACAACACUGGACUUGUUUUUAUGUUUGUCAUCGAGCCUACAAGAGAAUGUGUUUCUUUCUAGUUUAUCAUGGAUUUAAUGGACAGCUAUGUAUGGAGAUGUGAAGCAUUUUUACACAGAAAGAAGAUGCCAUCCACACCCCACUGCAAGGCAGAUAAGGAUAGUAUCAUCAUUUCUAUAGGGAAAUACAGUAAGAGCAAGAAGACUUUCAACAUGUGGAUUACAAGCAGACACACAUUAUGGAUCCAUUUAAAGAGUACACGUUUUCUUUCUUUUAUUUAUUUUCUAAAGGACAAGUGGUCAUCAGCCUCUGAUGUUGGGACUCCAUGAGGUCUAGACGUAUCUGCAAAACAGUCAUAAUUCAGACACUCCAAACAAUGCUUUGUCUUUUUGGCAGUCUGGGGAUGAAAGCCAGCUGGGAAGUGGAGAUACAGAGCUGUGUGGCCUUUGGCAGAGUGUUGUGAAGGCAACCCGGCUUAAACUAGGUGUUUUGCUGCCGAAAUAACGUGCAAAGGUGUGUGUGUGUAUGAACGUGUGUGGGAGGUGGGUUAAGCGGGCAUCCUGCUGUAAACGGUUGCAUCCUGCUCCUUCGGUCGUCACGGUGAUGACACGGCUCGUCCUCGGUGUUGUGUACUCGUGCUGUAUUUAUGAUGAUGAACUUCCAUCGAGGUUGUAAAUGCGUUUUUUUUUUCUAUGCACCACUCAUUGUUGUUCAUCCGUUCUGUAUGCUCGCCUGUCCUAAAGGUUGUAAUUUUAUUUUCUUACUAAGGGAAGUUUGCAAAAGACUAGGUACUUCUUCUUAUUGCACAAUUUGAGUUUGGCUUUCUUUUUGGAGCGGGGUCUCUCAUAGCUAGUACAAGUGUAACAGUGUUUUAUGGUCCCUGUCAUAGCAUGUUGGUGUCAGUUAAUACAUUAUGGUGUGCCGCUGGUAGCAUCCCCUCCUUUCUCCCUUUAUAUUUAGAUUUCCAACUAAAUACACUUCUGGUACCCGGUUAAGUUUAUGCAUUGAUCCCCUUUUAUAACCGUUUUAUAUGUGCUCAUGGGAAGUUGGUGAUGUUUUGUGAUCAUUGAACCCGUUUGUUUGCUUUCAAAUAAAGAAUACAUUUAUCUAAUCUAAUGAAAAAGAGCUUUUCUAUCCUGUUUCUAUCUUGAUGGACAUUUGACCGCUUUUCUAAGUAACUUUUUUUUUUGCCAAGUCAAAUCUGUUGGCUUCGUGGUGUGGAUCAAACUUUUGAGCCCAUAUGUUUUUUUCAAUUUUUUUCAAAUUGGGACUGGACUGUGAAGACAUUUUUGGAGGCAAUUCUAAAAUGUCACAUGGGUGUGCCACAUCCUUGAUCAGCAUUGAUUACUUGUUCAGGGACAUUUCCUUGAUGGAGCUUAUUUUUAACAUGACUUGAAGAAAUGGUCCUGCACAGGCAAAAAAAAAACAGCCCCAAGCACAAUUCUACUAUUGCUGUGCUUCUUGGGUAGAACUCUCUGUAUUGUGUGUUCCCCAUAAACCGAACUGAUGAAAUAAAAUGUUUUGG